AUGGAAGAGGCUAGCAAGAAAUAUGAAGCAACCAUCCUCCUCAACCAUGGUUACCCGAUCCCAAGGGGAAAAACGCACAUCUAUGGAAACACUCUCAGUGGACAUGGUGGAGGCUGCAAGGCAGCCCCACCAGGGGUUAUGAAAAUCCUAAGUUGGAACUGUAGGGGGCUUGGGAACCCCCAAACAGUUCAGUACCUUGGUAUGUUGAUCAAGGAAAAGAAGCCCGAGCUGGUCUUUCUAAUGGAGACCAAGUUAUCGUAUACAAAAGCCUGCAGGAUCUCUAAGAGGUUCAGGUUUCAAGGCAGUAACAGUUGGCUGCUAUCUUGUUUCUAUGGCCACCCUGUUACAAGCUUAAGAAAUAAGACUUGGAGUUUAUUAUCAUCUUUUAAGCCUGCAGAUGGGGGAUGGGGCGUCAUAGGUGAUUUCAAUGAGGUUCUGUACAGUGAUGAGAAGGUAGGAGGAAAUCCUAGGAGUGAGUAUCUGAUGAGACAAUUCAGAGAGGUGAUGGAGGAAGGCAGUUUAUGCGACCUGGGCCCAAUAUUGUUAGAUUUCAGUAUUGAGAGGUGCUCAUUUCGGAGAUGGCAUCAUUUCUUCAAGUAUGAGGCCAGCUGGAACUAUGAGGAGGGUUGUAGUGAGGUAGUAGCAGAAGCAUGGAAUAAACAGAUGGGAGAGAGGAGCAGGAUGGAAGUUUUGAUGGGGAAGCUAGAAACAACCCAAAGGAAGCUCAGUCAGUGGAGUAGGAAUUUGAGUAGAGAAAGGCUGGAGGCUAUUAAAGAAAAGACUAACCAACUAGAUGCCUUACAAAGGAAUGCAGGGUCAGAGACCUCAAGAGAACAGAAAAAGCUUCAAGUGGACCUUAAUCUCCUUUUAAACCAAGAAUACAUAAAGUGGAAACAAAUGGCUAAAAGACACUGGUUGGUAGAAGGAGACAGAAACACCAAAUUCUAUCAUGCCUGCGUGAACCAGAGAAGAAAGAAAAAUGCCAUCAGGAGAGUGAAGGACUUGAAUGGGAUUGAACUAGUAGAGAAAGAAGCUAUAGCAGAAGGUUUUAAGACCUUUUUCAAUUCAGUUUAUCAGUCUACUCAACCGGAUUCAACAUGCAUCAACAAGUGUCUGCAGGGAAUAGAUCUUAAGGUUUCUAAUGAAAUGAGAUCUAAGCUGGAAAGGAAUUUCACUGCAAAAGAAAUAGAAGUGGCUCUAAAGCAUAUGUCUCCCUUCAAGUCACCUGGACCCGAUGGGUAUAGUGCAGGCUUCUAUCAAGAACAUUGGAAGACUGUGGGGAAGGAUGUGUCCAGUGCCGUUUUGGAGUUUCUAAGUUCAGGAAUAAUGCCAUGGAGAUUGAACCAUACCCAUCUAGUCCUUAUUCCUAAGUGGACUAACCUUCUAAUGAACUGUGUCAGAACAGUCACUUAUUCUACAAUUUUGAAUGGCAUACCAGGAGAGAGAGGUCUCAUCAAGGGGGUAGCAGUAUCAAGGAAGGGAACUAGGAUUAACCACCUGCUUUUUGCAGAUGACUGUGCUAUUUUUUGCAGAGCUCAACUAGUGGAAUGGUACCAGAUCAAGGGCCUUCUGAAAGUAUAUGAGGAAGCAUCGGGCCAAACACUGAAUAAAGAGAAGACAAGUGUGUUUUUUAGCUCCAAUACAAGGGUUGAAACAAAGAAUUUUAUUUUGCAGCAGAUAAAUGGCUCAAGGUGUAACAACUACAACAAGUAUCUCGGACUUCCAACAAUUGUGGGCAGAUCGAAAUAUAACACCUUCCAAAGUCUUAAGGAAAAGGUGUGGAGGAGGGUCAAUAGCUGGAAGCAUCGGUUCCUUUCCACUGCUGGAAAGGAAAUUCUAAUUAAAAGUGUGUUGCAAGCUAUCCCAACCUAUGCCAUGAGUGUUUUCAAGAUGCCUGGAAAGCUUUUAAAAGAUAUAAAAGCUAUCAUAGCCAAAUUUUGGUGGUGUCAAACAGAGGCAGGAAGGGGUAUCCACUGGAAAUCUUGGAGCAGCAUGGGAACAGUCAAAAACCAAGGUGGGUUGGGUUUCAGGGAUUUUAAUAGCUUCAAUAGGGCUCUAUUAGCAAAACAACUGUGGAGAAUGAUUAAAGAGCCACAGUCUUUAGUCUCAAGAGUUUUCAAAGAGAAGUAUUUCCUGAACUGUGAGGUGAUGGAGGCUGAGCUGAAGGGUUCUCCAUCGUAUAUAUGGAGAAGCAUCUGGUCUAGUAGGAAUCUGGUGAGAGAAGGGUUAGUAUGGAGAGUGGGUAAUGGAAGAGACAUAUCAAUAUGGAAGGAAAAGUGGCUGCCUCGUCCAGUAACAUACCAAGUACAGACCCCCUCCCCAACACUUUGGAUUCAAACUGUAAGGUGA